CACAUCCUUCACACAUCACAACAAUUACAUUAAUAUUUCUCUCUCACACACACACACACACACAUUUCUCUGUGCAAAUUAAUUAAUAUGGUUUCUUCUAUUGGCAUAAACAAUAUGCUGAUUGGAGUUAUGAUAAUUAGCUCCUUGGUAGCUACAUGUUCUGCUAACUUCAACCAAGACUUUGAUCUAACUUGGGGUGACCACCGUGCUAAGAUAUUCAAUGGUGGUCAACUUCUAUCUCUUUCUCUUGAUAAAACUUCUGGCUCUGGCUUCCAAUCCAAGAAAGAGUAUUUAUUUGGUAGAAUUGAUAUGCAACUUAAACUUGUUGCUGGAAAUUCUGCUGGAACUGUUACUGCUUACUACUUGUCAUCACAGGGACCGACUCAUGAUGAAAUUGAUUUUGAGUUCUUAGGAAAUGUUAGUGGCGAUCCUUACAUUCUCCACACAAACGUGUUUUCUCAAGGCAAAGGAAACAGAGAACAACAAUUCUACCUCUGGUUCGACCCAACCAAGAACUUCCACACUUACUCUAUCAUCUGGAAGCCACAACACAUUAUAUUUUUGGUUGACAACACCCCAAUAAGGAUCUUCAAGAAUGCUGAAUCAAUUGGUAUUCCAUUCCCAAAGAACCAACCAAUGAGAAUCUAUUCAAGUCUCUGGAAUGCUGAUGAUUGGGCUACAAGAGGUGGUUUGGUGAAAACUGAUUGGUCCAAAGCACCCUUUACAGCUUACUACCGCAAUUUCAAAGCUACUGAGUUAUCUUCUGUCUCUUCCACUUCCUUCUCUGAUUCUGCAUUGCAAAGCAAUGAGCUUGAUGCUUAUGGUAGAAGAAGAUUGAGAUGGGUUCAGAAAUACUUUAUGAUCUAUAAUUACUGCAACGAUCUUAAGCGAUUCCCAGAAGGUAUUCCUGCUGAGUGUAAGCGUCCAAGGUUCUGAUGAGAGAUCAAUGAUGAAGAACAUAUAAUAGCCAUCUUAUUUUAAUUUGUUAUGAUUCUUUGAUUUUAUAUAUUCCUCUAUAUUUUUUUGGUGUCUAUUUUAGAUAGCACAUGAUCAAAUAAAUCAAAUUCUUUGUACCACUUCCUUAUCACUUUUCAAUCUAUACGUUGAGAACA